CUCCUGCGUUAAUAGAUUGAGCUUCUUCCAGCGGGUCGUGUCGCGGAAACUUGCGAAAACAGAACCCGCGAGAGUUCUACCAAAAACCAGAAAUCCAAGUCGAAGAGUUGGAGUGUGGAGAAAAAAAUCCAGUUUUGCGAGGCGAUUUCCUAAAAACUGGAUUCAACUCAAAAAGUGUCGAGCAGGUCGUUUUCGCGCGAUACUUUGAAACCGUUCACAGUCGUGUUCGGGGAGUUGAUCGCGAAGGAACGCACUUCUUGAGCGUCUUGUGUGCCACAGUGUGCCGUCAAUCACCACGAGAGGGAAAAUCAGCUGUUUUCCAGACGUCGCAGUGCGGGUGUUUUCCUGGGAGUGAGUUUGUGCGUGCGUGGGUGUGUCGACUUCAACCGGGAAGCAGUUACUGCCGGGACUGUUUGCUGCAGCUGCGCAGUGAGGAAAAAGUGGUUCUGAAAUUUCGGAAAAGUGCUUCCAAGUGUUGUGGAAAGGAUUCAUUGAGGAUUCUUGGAUAAAUACAAACAAAUCGCAAGUUGUUAUACAGUGAAGGAGAACAUCACCGAGGAAAACAAUAACAGCAGUGAUUGUGAAGUGUUGGAAAUCGAGCAUCAUUCAGCUGAGGGUGUUUUGAGAGUGCCGGCUGCGUGAACUCGCCCAAUGUGAUAUUCACGAAAAUCUCUGCAGCAUCGCUGAAUCCAGUGCUUCCCCAAAUGUCAAUUACCUUCAUUAGCUAGCAUCGCUUACACCGUGUACCCAACGAAAAGAAGUCAAUUACAACUACCCUCUAAUCUUAAAUUCCUAACGAAAAAGCUCAAUUUAAUCACAAACCAAACCAAAAAACACAAAAAUGGCAUCGCCCAACGUGACCGCGUCUUCCAACUACUGGGACUUUGUGUUCACCGACCUGGCCGACCCGCGGACGAACCACUGGCCGCUGAUAUCGUCCCCCGUGCCGGGCCUGACCAUCAUCGCCAGCUAUCUGUACUUUGUGCUCAACUUCGGGCCCAAGUACAUGGCGAACCGGAAGCCGUUCCAGAUGCAGCGGCUCCUAGUCGUCUACAACUUUGUCCAGGUGCUCGUCAGCAUAUGGCUGUUUUUUGAGGGCCUGGAUGGUGCCUGGCUGCGGCACUACAGCUGGCGGUGUCAACCGGUGGACUGGACUGAUAAUCCCAUGGCCAUGCGGGUCGCCCGCGGUUGCUACGUGUACUUCCUGGCCAAGAUCUCCGAGCUGCUGGACACGGUGUUCUUCACGCUGCGCAAAAAGGACAACCAGAUCAGCUUCCUGCACCUGUACCACCACACCGUGAUGCCGAUGAUCUCGUGGGGUGCCACCAAGUACUUCCCGGGCGGACACGGCACCUUUAUCGGAGUCAUCAACUCGUUCGUCCACAUCGUGAUGUACACGUACUACAUGUUCGCGGCCAUGGGUCCCCAGUUCCACAAGUACCUCUGGUGGAAGAAGUACAUCACUGAUCUGCAGAUGAUCCAGUUCGGCAUGGCCUUCAUGCACUCGGCCCAGCUGCUGUGGACGGACUGCGGCUACCCGCGCUGGUCGGUCUGCUUCACGCUGCCGAACGCCAUCUUCUUCUACAUGCUGUUCAACGAUUUCUACAAGAAGACCUACGUCCAGAAGCGGCGGUUGGCCGCCGCCAAAGCCAAAGCCAAGGCCAAGGCCCUCGAGGAGGAGCAGCAGGCCAACGCGGCCCGGCAGCAGGAAGCCGUCGAGCCCAAAAAAGAACUGUAAUUCCUUGGAGCAUCAUCCCUUCCCCUCCUUUUUCUUAGAAUAACUCUAUCAGGACAUAUACGGUAACACCAAACCUACCCCCCGAAUCAGUCUGAGAUCUGUUCAUAGAACCUUUUACUUUCUUUCAUUGAUUCAUAAAACUUCCAAAAACAAAACAACAACACAAGAAUUGCUCAUGUACUACAAUCGACUCAUAGGUUAUCGACUAGUUGUUUUUGUGAGAGAAACCUUGUUUUUGUAAGGACUUUUUUUUCGUAGCUGUGUAAGGUAAUUUUAAAAGUGAUUUUCUGUUAUAGUUCAAUGUGAAUAAACUAGUGAGUGAGAAGUGGUCCGCUUGAAGACGGCACUGCAGUGGAAGAAAUGGAAAAUAAUAAAAAACGACACAAAUUUGUCGAGAUUUGUGAAACAAAAA